GCCUUCGCGGGAUCGCCCUGGAAACGCAUUCUCCGGGACAGGCAGCCGCCAAUGGGAAGGGAGUGAGUGCCACGAACAGGCCAAUAAGGAGGGAGCAGUGCGGGGUUUAAACCUGAGGCUGGGCCUGUUCUUCCCGGCGUGCUGCGGAGGAACGGCUGUUGGUCUCUGCUGGGUGCAGGUCCUCGGCUGGUCGGGGCUCCGGUGUUCUGCUUCUCCCCGCUGAGCUGCUGCCUGGUGAAGAGGAAGCCAUGGCGCUCCGAGUCACCAGGAACUCGAAAAUUAAUGCUGAAAAUAAGGCGAAGAUCAGCAUGGCAGGCGCAAAGCGCGUUCCUACGGCCCCUGCUGCAACCUCCAAGCCCGGAUUGAGGCCAAGAACAGCUCUUGGGGACAUUGGUAACAAAGUCAGUGAACAACUGCAGGCCAAAAUGCCUAUGAAGAAGGAACCAAAACCUUCAGCUACUGGAAAAGUUAUUGAUAAAAAACUACCAAAACCUCUUGAAAAGGUACCUAUGCUGGUGCCAGUGCCAGUGUCUAAGCCAGUGCCAGAGCCAGAACCUGAGCCUGUUAAAGAAGAAAAAGUUUCGCCUGAGCCUAUUUUGGUUGAUACUCCCUCUUCAAGCCCAAUGGAAACAUCUGGAUGUGCCCCUGCAGAAGAAGACCUGUGUCAGGCUUUCUCUGAUGUAAUUCUUGCAGUAAAUGAUGUGGAUGCAGAAGAUGGAGCCGAUCCAAACCUUUGUAGUGAAUAUGUGAAAGAUAUUUAUGCUUAUCUGAGACAACUUGAGGAAGAGCAAGCAGUCAGACCAAAAUACCUACUGGGUCGGGAAGUCACUGGAAACAUGAGAGCCAUUCUAAUUGACUGGCUAGUGCAGGUUCAAAUGAAAUUCAGGUUGUUGCAGGAGACCAUGUACAUGACUGUCUCCAUUAUUGAUCGGUUCAUGCAGAAUAAUUGUGUGCCUAAGAAGAUGCUGCAGCUGGUUGGUGUCACUGCCAUGUUCAUUGCAAGCAAAUAUGAAGAAAUGUACCCUCCAGAAAUUGGUGACUUUGCUUUUGUGACUGACAAUACUUACACUAAGCACCAAAUCAGACAGAUGGAAAUGAAGAUUCUAAGAGCUUUAAACUUUGGUCUGGGUCGGCCUCUACCUUUGCACUUCCUUCGGAGAGCAUCUAAGAUUGGAGAGGUUGAUGUUGAGCAACAUACUUUGGCCAAAUACCUGAUGGAACUAACUAUGUUGGACUAUGAUAUGGUGCACUUUCCUCCUUCUCAAAUUGCAGCAGGAGCUUUUUGCUUAGCACUGAAAAUUCUGGAUAAUGGUGAAUGGACACCAACUCUACAGCAUUACUUGUCAUAUAGUGAAGAAUCUCUUCUUCUGAUUAUGCAGCACCUGGCUAAGAAUAUAGUCAUGGUAAAUCAAGGACUUACAAAGCACAUGACUGUCAAGAACAAGUAUGCCACGUCGAAGCAUGCUAAGAUCAGCACUCUACCACAACUGAAUUCUGCACUAGUUCAAGAUUUAGCCAAGGCUGUGGCAAAGGUGUAACUUGUAAACUUGAGUUGGAGUAUAUAUUUACAAAUAAAAUUGGCACCAUGUGCCAUCUGUACAUAUUACUGUUGCAUUUCCUUUUAAUAAAGCUUAUGGCCCCUUUUACUUUUUUAUAGCUUAA